AUGUCAACCAAAAUCCUCAGCUGCUUCUACAAAUGUACUAUCGAGAGUGUCCUUACCACCUCUAUCACGGUCUGCAGUCUCCUCUCUGAAGAUCAGCUUCUGUGCUCCAUCUGUCUGGAUGUGUUCACUGAUCCAGUCACCAUACCAUGUGGACACAACUUCUGCAAGAGCUGCAUCACACAACACUGGACUGUCAAUGUCCACAUUCAGUGUCCCAUGUGUAAAGAGCCUCUUAGCAGAAGACCUGAACUUCGAGUCAACACUUUUAUAUCUGAGACUGCAGGUCAGUUCAGACUGUCAGCUCAACAUGAAGCCAGCAGCAGCAGUUCAAUGCAUCAUGGAGACAAAGCAGGAGAAGUUCUGUGUGACGUCUGCACGGAAACCAAACUGAAGGCUGUGAAGUCCUGCCUGGAAUGUGUGAAUGGGUGA